UCCACCGGGGAAAAACAGGAAAAACAAAGCCCUAGAAGCCUCAUUGUCAUCCUCUCGGGGAUCUUUUCCAGCAUCGUCAAGAGGAUAUCGAAUCGACUCUACCUCGUUUCGUUACAGUUACUGAAAUUCGUGUGUGAAAAUCCAAUGAAAACGAAGCGCCAAGAUGUCGAAAAUAGUGAAGAACAGCACUCGAAGAAGCAGAAAUUAAUCGAAAGAUCUUCGUUGUCGCCACCUCAGCUUGGAUUUGAUAACGCUCUGCUUCCACUUGCAACAUACGACGACGACGACGACGAAGAUGAUGAACGAGAUGGUAAGAAAGUGGAGGAAAACGAUCUUAAUAACCGCCAGGAAGAGGAGGAAGACGAUGAGGAAGAGGAAUAUAUUAAUGGAUUUGGUAAAGGGAGGCAUAAUAGGAUGAUUGAAAUCCGUAGAGACUGCCCUUACCUUGACACUGUUAAUCGUCAGGUUCUGGAUUUCGACUUUGAAAAGUUCUGUUCGGUCUCGCUAUCAAAUUUGAAUGUGUAUGCGUGUUUGGUCUGUGGUAAGUAUUUCCAAGGAAGAGGUCAGAAGUCACAUGCAUAUACUCAUAGCCUUGAAGCAGGACAUCAUGUCUACAUCAAUCUUCGGACAGAGAAAGUUUAUUGCCUGCCUGAUGGUUAUGAAAUUAAUGAUCCUUCACUAGAUGAUAUUCGACAUGUUCUGAACCCAAGGUUUAGCAGAGACCAAGUUUUGCAACUGGAUAGAAAUAGACAAUGGUCAAGGGCGCUUGAUGGUUCUGAUUAUCUUCCUGGAAUGGUGGGGCUUAAUAACAUCAAGGAGACUGACUUUGUCAAUGUCACCAUUCAAUCUUUAAUGCGAGUGACUCCCUUGAGAAACUUCUUUCUCAUCCCUGAAAAUUACAUGCAUAGUAAAUCAGUACUUGUUCACCGCUUUGGUGAGCUCACUAGGAAGAUAUGGCAUGCACGGAACUUCAAAGGACAGGUGAGUCCUCAUGAAUUUUUGCAAGCGGUCAUGAAAGCUAGUAAAAAGAGAUUUCGUAUAGGGGCGCAGUCUGAUCCUGUUGAAUUUAUGUCAUGGCUUCUCAAUACCCUGCAUAAAGACCUUAAAAAUCCCAAGACAAAGAGUAGCAUUAUCCAUCAGUGUUUUCAGGGAGAAUUGGAGGUUGUGAAAGAGAUUCAUGUAAAAAAUGCAGAUGCUCAAAGUAAUGGCAGGAAUGCAGAUGGCGGGAGUACAGCUAAUAAUAUUGUGGCUGAUACCAGUAGAAUGCCAUUCUUGAUGCUUGGACUGGAUUUGCCACCACCACCACUUUUCAAAGAUGUGAUGGAGAAAAAUAUAAUUCCUCAGGUUCCGCUUUUCAACAUACUGAAGAAGUUCGAUGGCGAGUCCAUUACUGAAGUUGUGCGUCCUCGUAUAGCCAGGAUGAGAUAUCGCGUUACAAGACUUCCACAGUAUCUUAUUCUCCAUAUGCGUCGGUUCACUAAGAAUAAUUUCUUUGUGGAGAAAAACCCAACCCUUGUUAAUUUCCCUGUGAAGAAUCUGGAGCUGAAGGAUUACAUACCAUUACCUAUGCCAAAAGAGGAAGAAAAACUGCGUUCCAAGUAUGAUUUGAUUGCUAACAUUGUUCACGAUGGUAAACCAGGUGAAGGAUCAUAUAGGGUGUUCGUUCAGCGGAAAUCAGAAGAGCUCUGGUAUGAGAUGCAGGAUCUCCAUGUUGCAGAAACUCUUCCGCAAAUGGUUGCACUUUCCGAGGCUUACAUGCAAAUAUACGAGCAGCAGCAGCCGGCACAGCCACAGCCACAGCCGAUGCAGUUGGAGUGAUGUCUUUUGGUACUUACUUCCGAUAUUUGGUUUCACUCGACUUUAUUAGGUAAGCCUUCUAUGAUGUCGGAUUAUAUGUGAUGAUUUUUGUAGGCUAAGAUUUCGUAUCCAAAAAUGUAUGAUAAUCCGAGUAAAAUUAACAAAUUCGCAACAUGACUAAAACCUACCUUUAGGUACUCAAAAAGGGUUGAAUUUGGUUAGAGUUAUCUUAUUCACACAUUUCAAAUUGUUUGAUUGCUUUUAGUUUGGUUUAUGCUUAUUGUAAUUGGGUUC